AUGACUGGCCCUACCGAUCCUGAGCCCACUCUCCGUGAGCUGGGCGCCGGCUUGCUGAACCUCGGCGCCAAGAUGGAUCGCAUGCUUGGACAGAUCACCACCAUCAACAGCAGACUGGACUCGCACGAUCGGCGCAUCACCUGCACAGAGAAGUUCCAGUCCGGCGACGACGACGGCCUUCCGAAGGACCAGCUGCGGCAACCAUGGCGCAGUACCAGUCUUGGCGGCUUGGGCGGCAGCGGCUUCAGUGGGCCUGGCGGUGCUGGCGGUGGUGACUAUCGGCGUGGCCUUGGCGGUGAUGGUGGUAGUGACUACCGACGUGGCGGGGAGUACAACAACGACCGUGGUGGAGGUUAUGGUGGCGGUGCUUAUUAUGAUGGUCGUGGCGGCAGUUAUGGCGGCGGUGGCGGCUACCCUGGCCACGGUGGAGGGUGA